AUGGAUUAUCUAUUCUGGAGAAAGAACAGCAUUGUCGAGCCAGGAUUAGACAGGGACCCUUAUCCCUGGAUAAUCUGGUAUAUUUGGAAGGCCCGAAAUGAUAAGCUCUUUAGGAGAAUAGACCGUGACCCACUGGAGCUAGUUCGAUAUGCAGAAAGUGAAUGUCAAACAUGGUUCAACGCUAAUGAGAUGGUGUCACCUAUUCCACAAGUUCAAAAUAUUGAGGAACCCCAAGUCUUAAACUUGAGUAAUAUAUGCUUGAUAGAUGGGUCUUGGACAUCUUCAUCACCAUACAGUGGGUGUGGAUGGGUAUGGAUGGAUAGUUUGGAGAAGGUUCAACCUAUGGGCACCCGGAAUUACCCGAGACGAGAGUCUACAUUGCAUUCAAAAGUGGAAGCGCUACGAUGGGCGAUGGAGAAUAUGCUUCAGCAUUCAACAUGUCAGAGUUUUGGAACGGACAGCAAAGAUUUGAUUUCUAUGAUUAAGGAGUCACAUGUCUGGCCAAUCUUUGCAACAUAA